AUGAUUUUAAAAUCAAUAACAAUUCAUAUAAAUCAGUUAUUCUUUGUGAAAAGAGUAAUCGGUACGCGACAUUUUGUUUUAUCUGUGAGUCUCCUCUGUGACGUCAUACAUCUCUCUCUCUCUCUCUCUCUCUCUCUCUCUCUACUUUUAAGCGCCAUCUUGUCAGUCUCUCUAUUUCUAUCUCUAUCGCGCUUCUCCCACUAUCUCUGGCUUCCCCUCUGUCUCUAUUUCUAUCUCGCUUCCCCUUCUAUUUCUCUCUCUCUCUCUCUCUCUCUCGAUUCCUCUUCUAUCUCUCUCUCACUUCACCCUCUAUCUCUUUCUCGCUACCUCUCUAGCUUCUCCACACUAUCUUUAUCUCUCUCGCCCGCUCCCCUUCUAUCUCUAUCUCUCUCGCUCAAUUCCCCCCUCAAUCUCUAUCUCCCUCUCUGUCGCUCUCCCACUAUUUCUGUCUCUCUCAUUCUCUCGCCUCCCUCUCUAUCUCUAAAUCUCUCUGUCUCUUCCUUCCCUUCUCUCUCUCUCUCUCUCUCUCUCUCUCACUCUCUUGAAUUACUCUUUUUAGAGCAAUUCCUACAAAAGAAUUUCAGGGUUUUCAAUUUAAUACUCCCCCCUCUUCCUCUCUACCUCUCUCUCCCCUUCACUCAUUUUCUCCUCUCUGUAUCUCCCAUUGUUUCACCGCCACUCUCCCCGCUCGACCAUUAUCUCCUCUCUCCCCCAUCUCUCCCUUCCAUUCUCCCCUCUCUCUAUCGACCAUUCUCUCAGCCCCACUCUCCCCUCUACCUCUCUUUCUAUCUCCCCACUCACCCCUCUACCCCUCUUUCUAUUUUCCCUCUCUCCCCAUCUCUUCUGUCUCUAUAUCACAUUCUCUCACCUCCCCUCUCCACUCCUCUCCCAUUUUCAAUCUACCUUCUCUCCCCUCUCCUCUUUUCACACCUCUCUCUCCCCACUAUAUUUCUAAAUUGA